AUGGCUUCCGGCUCAAUAUUCACAUUCGAUACGGACCCCCAACGGGUCUCAUCCCCAUGGCUGGCUCCUGAAGACCCUGGGAGGAGGUUCAACUCUGACAACGGACAAGUCCAGCCGGGGCACCUCUCAGACUACGGCGUCACCAAGUUGGAGGCAGAGCCGCAAGAAGGUCCCACUGAAUACAAACUUCACCUCUUAUUGCGACCAAGACGGACGUAUACCGCUAUGAGCACCAUCUCUUCCACCCAUAACUCCAGAAUUCCCGCCAGCCGCUCAAAGAUUGCAACUGCAGCCCUAUCAGCCUCCAGUCAGAGUCGACAAGUCCGCCUACAACAACUGACUACGCAAUUGCUCUGGAGGCUCCAGCAAUCAUGUGCCUACCAUGCUCUGAAUCCCAAAGACCUCAUUAUACCAAAAUUGCCUGAUGAUACGGACGACUUAAGUCAGGCGAUGACACCACAGAAACCUCUCCCCGGCUUGGAAGAAUCACGUGGAGCGUUGUAUGAGAUUGGUGUUGCUGAUGACGGGACUCUGGUGGGGCUGACCAAAGACGAAAUGGAUGAGAGCAUCACGACACUCAAGGUCAUGGCAGCCACGCUGGGCUGCCGCGUCGAAAUCUUACGCCACGUAAUUGUUGGCGAGUGCGAGUGGCUAGAGACGUCCGAGUUGGUGGAUAGCGGGGCAACUCAACCUGCCCAAACUGCUCGACAGGCAAGACUCUGGGUCGUGGAGGCUCUCGUUACUCCCGACUACUCAAUGAAGAACGGGCACGCAGGUGGCUCGACAGAGGGGUGUCGCGAAGUGAAAGAACCGCCAAGGGCUACCGAGUCUAUUGUGCAACCAAGUAGAGGGCGCUCUACUACGGAUCAGCUAAGGAUAACGCUCACUGGACCAACAACGUCUGGAAAAUCUACUUUGCUGGGUACUUUGUCCACGGGAACCGUCGACAACGGCCGAGGGAAAAGCCGGGUCAGUCUCUUCAAACAUCGGCACGAGGUGGCGUCUGGGCUCACUAGCUCAGUAGCACAGGAGCUUGUCGGGUACAAGGACCGCGCCAUAUUCAACUAUUCGCAAGAUCACGUCGAAUCGUGGAUUGAUAUACACGACAGUGUUGAGAAUGGUCGCCUGGUUUUUGUUUCCGAUUCCGCCGGCCAUCCCCGUUACCGCCGGACCAUCCUCCGAGGUCUGUUCGGCUGGGCUCCACAGUGGACUGUUCUUUGUCUGGCGGCAGACGACGCGGAUGCGAGUUCAACAAAAGACGGAGCGAGUUCCACCGCCAAUGACGUUCUUGGAGUCGCAGGGGCUGGCGUUGAUCUUGCCAAAGCUCAUCUGGAGUUGUGCCUGAAAUUGAAGACUCCUCUGGCCAUCGUCAUCACCAAAAUGGACCUUGCAACCAAAACCAGUCUGCAUCGAAUUCUUGGACAGCUCUUGACAGACGUCAAAGCAGUGGGAAGAGCCCCUAAGAUCCUCCAGCCAGCUCAAGGCGCUCAAGGCAGCGUUCAGGGAUGGACAGCUGUUCCUUCAGCAGACGUCGACAAGGUGAAGGCUGUCACAACAGAGAUGGAGCGGGAUGGAGACCUCCUCAAAAUUGUUCCAAUAAUCCUGACCAGUGCUGUCAGCGGUGCUGGUAUUGGGAUGACACAUGCCCUCUUGGAGAACCUUCCCCUGCCACCAAUCCCUACUGCCAACGAUUAUGUCGGGAUGGCAUUGAAUCCCGAACAGCCGUCGUGCUUGUUCCAUAUUGAUGACACUUUCAGCCUUCCUGCGUCCUACGCUUCUCUUGCUGAGAACCCCAACCAGAAUGACAUGGGAACGGUGGUAUCCGGAUACCUACGUUUUGGUCAGCUUUCGGUCGGAGACAGCAUCAUUGUUGGACCAUUUCCCUCCGGUGAGGAUGACUUCAAAGGCAUGACGCCGGAGGACCGGGCUUCUCCUGGCAAUUACGGGCUGUCAAUAUCACACCCCUCGUCGGCAGAACUUGCUAAAAUUGCAAUUCGCAAUACAGUGGCAGCCUCCACAAUCCAAGGAGAAUGGCACAGCGCCAAAAUCGUCAGCAUACGUAAUUUGCGGCUCCCCGUAAACACACUAGAAGCUGGUCAAGUCGGCACUAUUGGAAUCGUCCUGGAAAUUCCUCAAGAGAAAUCGGCAGAAGCGGCCUUCGAGGCACCGUUGGCAGCUCCUCGAAUCCGGAAAGGCAUGGUCCUGGCCAUCCCAUCCAAACACAUGGCUGACACCGGCAUGUCCCUUCAAGCAGCUAGUGGACUUACGGUGUCAUUCAGAGAUCCCAACACUGCAUCGCUGGCGUACGGGUCUCUCGUUAAUGUUUACGUCGGCAGCGUUCGGGCGGCUGCCCGAGUCAAGGGUGUUUCCAGACUUCCUUCAAAGAAUGACUUGAACAAAGUCAAGCCCGAAGAAACUGAAGAUAUCUUCGACAUGAACGAACAUGAUGAAUCAGCCCCUACCCAUGAUCUUGAGUUUUCGGGGGGCGUUCAGGUUACAUUGGAGCUGCUAACCAGUCGAGAAUGGGUCGAGAUGGGCUCUCAAAUCCUUGUGCUGGAGGGAGGCCGCAACGAUAGGUCCGGUCUAGAGGGCUUCGUGGGAACUGUCGUCGAGAUUAUGGAUUGA